ACGAAUUUUUGGUGUAAUAAAACUGUUAUUGCGUCAUUGUCAAGCAAACACGGUGGGUGAGAAUAUAUUUGCCGGUCAGAUCUGCGUCUCCUUUUAAAUACCGAACCUCGAGGCUAGCAAAAAUAUAUCAAUUAUAAUCGCGUCAUCUCUCUAUCUCUUUAUCUCCUAAUUCCUUCCCUCGAUCGCAAUGGCUGAGACAGUGGUACUUAAGGUGGCUAUGUCAUGUGGAGGCUGCUCUGGGGCAGUGAAAAGAGUUCUAGACAAAACUCAAGGUGUGGAGUCGUAUGACAUUGAUAUGGAGCAGCAGAAAGUGACAGUGAAAACCAACUUGGCACCAGACGUUGUUCUUCAGACAGUUGCUAAGACGGGAAAAAAGACUGCCUUUUGGGAGGAAGAGGCACCUGCUAAAGCCGAACCAGAAGCUACUGAAGCUGUUGCUACAACCCCUUGAAGGACCUUACUUUGUGCUUAAAAGGGGGCGUCUUAGUGGGCACCAACUUGAUUCUCCUAAACCAACUUAUUUUGCUUCUUGCUAUAUAUGAUAUAACUUGUCACUUUAGAAUGGUAUUCUAAUGUAAUACUUCACUAUUUAUGUUGAUGAAUUGGGUUUUAUGUUGAUGAUUUGGGUUUAAGUAUUCAUUCUACAAAAUGAUUUUUAGAUAUAGUAGAAUACAAUUUAUAGAAUCGGUGG